CAAUGUUUUCAGAAAGAGUGCAUCUGUUUCUUUCAUUUUACAGUUUUCUUCAGGCAGUGCUGCUCCUGGGCUCUUCUGUGCUGUAUGUAGUUGGACGAGAAGAGUAUGUUGGAUUUAUGGUGAUCGGGCUGGCAAUAGGCUGGAUCAAUCUACUCUAUUACACACGCGGAUUCCAGCGAAUGGGCAUCUAUAGUGUCAUGAUGCAGAAAAUUUUCCUGACAGAUAUUAUGAGUUUUCUGCUUGUCUAUGUGGUCUUCCUCUUUGGGUUUGGAGCUGCUCUGGUGGUGCUUAUUGAAGACCGUGUUUACAAUAACACCAAACCAGGAUGUGACAAGGAAACUACGUACAAGAAUUUUAAAACAACCUUCUUGGAGCUUUUCCGGUUCACUAUCGGGAUGGGAGAUCUGGAGUUCACCGAGAACUACAGAUUUAAAGAGGUUUUCAUCUUCCUGCUGAUAUCUUAUGUCAUCCUGACAUAUAUCCUCCUUCUCAAUAUGUUGAUUGCAUUGAUGAGCAAGACGGUGGAAAAAAUUUCCAAGGACAGUAAAAGUGUGUGGAACCUGCAGCGAGCUAUUACAACUCUGGAUUUGGAGAAAAGUCUUCCUCGGUGUCUGAGAGCCAGGUUUCGUUCAGGGGAGCCUGUCACUGUGGGCCUGCUCUCUGAUGGAACAGAAGACCUGAGAUGGUGCUUCAGGGUCGAUGAGGUCAACUGGACAAAAUGGAACACAAACCUUGGGCUCAUCAACGAGGAACCAGGAAACUCUGAAAUCAUCAGACAGAAAACAGGGAGCAGAGGGCGAAGACCUCGCCGAGUGUGGAGCUGGCAGACAAUGCUGCCCCUGCUGAAGGAGAUUAAACCUGAGAAACAGGAAGAGGAAGUGCAAUUGGAUGAGAUAAACACCAGCCCAGCAAGGCAGCCUCCUGGACAGUCACAUGGGACAACUGCAAAAGCUGUUUAAUCUCAGAGCUGUGUGUGUGGAUAAGACCUGGUCUUGCUGCCAAAUCUUCAUUAUCCUCCAACACACACUCCAGGAUUGUUUACCCUUCAGGACUGCCCUGGAGUUUCCAGGAAUCUAAGAUGAAUCUCGAGGACACUAAACUGAGAGCAUUUAACAAUGUUUAUUUUAAUUAUUUUUUUUGAAGACUUGUGCUUGUUAGUUGUUAAAAUAGGACAGAUGGGAAAAGCACUGCGUCAUUCUGGAAGAUUGGGAAGUGGUGAGGUAAUGGUGAUGUCACUGGACUAGGUAUCCAGUAGCCCUGGAUAAAGCAUGGGAGACAUGGGUUCAAAUCCCAGUGGAAGCUGGUGGAAUUUUAAAUGCCAUUCAUAAAAAUCUGAAAUACAAA